CGCUGUAGCAAGUGUGGUCUGGUGCAGGCGUUAGAUUACGAGCCUUUUCAAGUGCAACGUUAAUAAAGAUGGUUUUGGGCAACAACUCGGAGAUGUAACGAUUAAUUUAGCCUUAACAUGCCUUUGGGAAACCAGGCCUAGCGCUGGACACAGCACUUUGCACGGACAACAGCAGCGACAUAGGCUGCUCUUGUUUUCUUUGCUCAAGUGAAUUGAAAUGGUUGAGUAGAAUAUUGCAAGACUUUCUUCGAGCACAGUUCAGAGAGAGAACGUUCCCUAUAAAACGUCAUUUCCCCUAUCCGUAGCAAAUUAAGAUGGCGGCCGUUGUGGAAGGACUAGAGCGAGGUUUUGAAGCCCUGGAUUGCGACUCGGUGUUACCGAGAUUGUCUACACCACCUCCGGAUCAACCACACCAGAACAACCCGCUAUUAGGACUUCCCAUUGUGGCGAUUGAGAUGGUUUUCAAUUUCCUGUCUUACGACGAAAUCAGCCUCAUACGCUUGGUAUGCAAGCGCAUGGACAUGAUCUGUCAGCGCAUGCUGAACCAAGGCUUCCUCAAGGUGGAGCGCUACCACAGCCUGUGCCAGAGGCAGGUCAAAGCCCAGCUGCCAAGGCGGGAGUCAGAGCGGAGGAACCACUCACUGGCCCGUCAUGCUGACAUCCUGGCUGCCGUAGAAACACGCCUCUCCCUACUCAACAUGACCUUCAUGAAAUAUGUGGACUCAAAUCUCUGCUGCUUCAUCCCUGGCAAGGUGAUUGAUGAGAUCUACCGUGUGCUGCGCUAUGUGAACUCUACACGCGCUCCCCAGCGAGCUCACGAGGUGCUGCAGGAGCUGCGGGACAUCUCUUCCAUGGCCAUGGAGUACUUUGAUGAAAAGAUUGUCCCCAUCCUGAAGAAGAGGCUUCCCGGGGCCGACCUGUCAGGGCGCCUCAUCGGAUCUGCCCCAGUGGCCGGCCCAUCUACCUCCCUGACCACCAUGUCCCUGCUGGCCAAGAACACGCCGUCGCGCUCUGAGAUGACCAAGGUGCAACAGCAGGUGAAGGUGAACGGGGUGUCCAUGACUGCGCUGCGGCGGGAGAUGCAAGAGGUGCGCGUCAAGCAGCUGGAGCAGCAGAAGCAGCUGCAGGACCAGGAGCAGAAGCUGCUGGAGCAGACUCAGGUUAUCGGGGAGCAGAAUGCCCGGUUGGCUGAGCUGGAGCACAAGCUCAGGGAACUGAUGGACAGUGCGGUGGGGGGAGGGGCCAGGCCAGCCGUAGCCUCCACCUCCUCGGCUUCUUCCUCAACAGGCUCAGCUGCCGUCGCCACGUCUUCUGCUGCUGUCACCACGGCAGCCAGUGCCAUGGCCGCAGUGGUGGAGACAGAGGGCAGCCCACCCCUGAAACGCACCAGGAAGAGCUCAGACCUCCUGCGUCAGUCCAAACGUCUGCGCAGCAAGAAAUAAGACGCUCAAUGUUAUUUGGGGUUCAGUCUGAUUGGACCUCCCAUGUCCUGUGACAUGAUUUUAAUUCUUAUUGUUUGGAAUGUCUUUAAGGAAGGGGGGUCAUGGUAAAGAAGUCAAGAGUCACUGUGUCCCUGGUGUAUCCCCCUUGUCAUUGCCCUCUCAAAUUCACACAAACUACACCAUGGACAUGUUUAUGCUGAUUAGACCAGCAUAUUUGGGCGAGAGUGCUGGUAGUCUCCACAGUUUAACCACUGACUCUAAAGCCACUAAGAAUUUGCACAUUAGUUGAAGGGUGAGGGUUAGGUUAAAGUCUAAAACACUCAAUCUUUGUGUUCACUCUUGCUUGUCCAUCAACAGAAGUCAAUCCACGUUAGGGUUUCGGCUCCUAGUCAGGAGAGAGUCUUUGCGGUGAAAAUGAGAAGUAAUGAGAGCUUUCUAAUGUGCAUUGCAUAACCACUGUAGCGGUUGACUUUGGGUGGGGAAAAAUGCAUUAAAUAUUGUCUAGGCGAGAUCACUUUGGGGGGGGGGGGGUUGCCUCUGAACCAAUUUUGUUGACUCAAAUAACCCUUUUUUAGUUUAAGAUUCUAAUUGUUUUGUUCUGUCUGUUGCCAGGUUGGAUUGCUUGAAAAUAUUAUUGCUCAAUGUAGACCCUUUACUGUUCCCCUGAUAAGAUGGUAUUCCCAUUUCUUUAUUUUCUGAGACCGGCUAAAUUAGUAGAUUGUAAGAUUUUGGCAAUUACCAUUUGUGUGCGUGCAGUUUAAGGUAGUUUACAUGCUAGCUGUUCUGUUAGACUUCGUCAUUACGCUAUAACGCUACUUUGCAAUGGCUCGAGAAACUAACUUCAAACUGCACGCAGAGACAUAAAUGUUACACCAUCCCUUUAAAAAAGGAUUUGAUUCCUGCCUUGGGGGGAUAUUACAUUACUUGCCCUUCCCAUCGAACAUUUGGUGCAAUAAAAUGUAUUUUUUAAUGAAUUUUUUAAAAGGAAGUUAUUCUCUAUUUUUAAUACUUAAGUUAACCCUCCCCUGUCCAAAAAAUACCAUCUUUCCCAGAGCUAAUUGUUUAUUUAAGUCCGGUUUUGUGAGAUUUCACAUAAUGCAAAGGAGAGGUUUUUGAGGGGUUCCUGUUAGUGAAAGGAUGCGCCGCUGAUUUUGAAAUGCAUUACUGUGUUCCACAUGAACAUGCUGUCUUUGGCACGCCCUGUUGAGUUGAAGACAGGCAGGCUAAUGUGUAGAUUGAUCAUGUAGCCAGGUAGCGUCUCUAAAGCCAUGGUGCCUGGAAAAUAGAGGAAAGGGACUCUUUUUACAUUAGGCAAUGGAAGGACUGCUAUAGGAGCCCACAAGAUUUAUACUUUUCAGAGAUCAAUCAUUUCCAAUAAGUUCUGGCACAUUCAUUUUUCCUUCAGUGCUACAGUAAUUUUGAAAUUACAUUCAUCGAUCAAAUGGCUGAAAUUAUGCUAGCUCAAAUGCUAACCCCAUGUUUAUACUAGUCUGUGUAAAAGGGGAAUUGUAUGCAGUCAAGUAUCGGCUGUCUUUGGGGACGAUGAAUCAGAGCUUUAUGUAAGAAGUUGAAAUUGCCACCUGAAUCAAUUGACCAGACUGGUGGUUCUGUCUUAGUGGUCAAAGGUAGAUUUGCCACAAAAUGUCUCCACUCCAGUGUGUCAUUUGCAGUUGUCAUCUAGGUCAGCUUCUGUAUAUUAAACUUAUUGUUAUGCUAUCUUUGUACACCAAAAAAGUUGAGUCCUAUGUAACACCAAGAUGAAUCUGUUUAAGAAGCAUUCAGAUUUGCCAAAAAACUACAGUUGAGGUUUACCAAUGAUGUUUUAAGCCCUACUAAAGAAAUUGUGAAAUGAGUUCAACUAAAAGUGACAAGGAUUUUAAGUCUUAGUUUUCUCCUUAAUUGCUACAAAAAGUAAAUUUCUCUUGCACAACAGCACCCUUCCCAUUUUAAGGUAUUUUUGCACUCACGGUUCUCUUUUGCCUUGUGAGGUUUGGGGACACUCUUUUCACACCACUUUGAUACAGCUUCGACCGGUAUUGUUUUUCAUAGCCGAUUAGAAGAGCAUUUUUGGUAACUUUCUUUCCCCCUACCCUUAACCUCAGUGUCCUAACAUGCUACCUUUUAAUUAUCCUAACCUGCGUAAGUUCUCUUUACCUGCUACGAAAAAGUCACUUCUGGUCGUAGCUGUAUCGAAGUGGAGUGAAAAGCUUUUUAUUUUUUGUGAGGCUAGCUUGUGAGCCCAUAUUGCGGCUGGAAAUUAGUUAAGAAUGACCACUACUUGUGGCAUGAAACCUUUGAGGCAUACUGGGUAAUGCAGUUCACAACUGAGUGGACUCAAGCGUGUAUUAUAAAUGCACUGGGCAGGAAACACUUAUCUAGUGGCUUAAUUUGAGACUGCGUCUCAGUUUAGAAAUGAGUGUACUGUAAACUUCAUGUACUUCAAAAGUGUAGAUUGCAUUAUUGUAUGUAUUAAGACAAAUCUUGUAAAUUGGCCUAUUUGGGGUUAACUGUAUGGGUUGUUACACACAUUACCGUUACAAAUGAAUCAUUAAAAGACGUUAACAUA